CAGAAAGAGAGAGAGAGAGAGAGAGAGAGAGAGAGAGAACUCAGAUGGGUGUGCCGUCGUUCUUCCGGUGGUUGAAAGAGAAGUACCCAAACGUUGUGGUUAAAGCUACUGAAGAUGAAGGAGAGUGCAUCAACACCUCCUUGCCAAACCCUAAUGGCAUAGAGUUUGAUAAUCUCUACCUCGAUUUGAAUGGCAUUAUCCACCCCGGCUUAUGCCCCGAGGAUCAACCUAGCCCUCCAGAAACGUUCGAAGAUGUAUUCAAUAAUAUCUUUGACUACGUUGACAACCUUUUCAGCAUCGUAAGACCACGGAAGUUACUUUAUAUGGCGAUAGAUGGAGUUGCUCCAUGGGCCAAAAUGAAUCAACAACGAUCUGGACGUUUUCGGACUGUGAAGGCAAGGGAAAGAAAUGAUGCGGAGAUAGAGAGGCUAAUGAAUGCGUUUGUAAUGGAAGGAAAACCGGUUUAUGAUCUUCUUCAUAAAGACGAAUCUGAAGUUAUUUUAGAUUCCCAUAUGAUCACUCCAGGCACAGAAUUUAUGUACAAAUUUUCCAAGGCCCUCAGAAGCUAUGUUAUUUCACGUACAAACAGUGAUCCAGGCUGGAGGGACAUCAAGGUUAUUAUUUCUGAUGCCAAUGUUCCUGGUGAGGGCGAACAUAAGAUAAUGUCUUUUAUUCGCCAGCAGCGAAACGUUAGUAAUGGAUAUAAUCCAAAUACGAGGCACUGCGUCUGUGGUCUGGACGCUGAUCUGAUAAUGCUUGCUUUAGCAACACAUGAAGUUCAUUUUUCCAUUUUGAGAGAGGAGCCUCCAACAAUCGAUGAAAGUCCAGUAAAGAAAAGGGCAUGGUUUAAAAAGCCUUUUGAGUUUGUACAUGUAUGGAUUCUGCGGGAAUAUUUGGAGCUUGACAUCAAAAUAUCUGACCCUCCACCCAAUCUGGAGAUAGAUCUUGAGCGGAUAGUUGAUGAUUUCAUUUUCAUGUGCUUUUUUGUGGGCAAUGAUUUCCUACCCCGUAUGCCUUCCUUAGAAGUUCAUGAGGGUGCUAUUGAUUUAUUGAUGACUGUUUACAAGAAGGAGUUCAAGAACCUUGGUGGCUAUCUACUUGACAUGAGCAGGCUUUCUGAUUCUGAAGAUAAAAGAAACGGAUAUAUAAACCUCUCCAGAGUCGAGAAGUUCAUUCUUUUAGUUGGCUCAUAUGAAGAUAAAAUUUUCAACAAAAGAAUAUAUCUUCGCGAGCGCCAACUUAGAUACCUUUGCAAUGAUUCAGAUAAACAAGAUGAACAUGAAGGUCAUGCAUUAUCCAGUGAGAAAGCUCCUACUUCCAUAGAUUCAGCAGAUAUUGCUGAACAAGAUGAACAUGAAGGUCAUGCAUUAUCCAGUGAGAAAGCUCCUACUUCCAGAGAUUCAGCAGAUAUUUCUGAAAUUGAUAAAAACACAGACGAGUUGAUAGAAAAGUUCAAUGAUAAUCUUCGCAAGAACUUUGACCUAUUUAAGAAUGGUCAAUUCGUAGACAAAGUGAGACUGGGGACUACUGGCUGGAAAGAAAGAUACUACAAAGAGAAAUUUUCUGCAAAAACCUGGAGGGAUAUUGAAAUCCUAAGAAAAGAACUUGUAAAGAAGUACACUGAAGGACUAUUGUGGGUUCUUCUGUAUUAUUUUUCAGCAGUCCCAUCAUGGUCAUGGUUUUACCCAUACCACUAUUCACCAUUUGCGUCAGAUUUGAAGGGCCUUGCUCAGGUCAGCGUAGAGUUUCGAAAGGGUUCCCCAUUAAAACCAUUUGAUAGCCUAUUGGCUGUACUACCCAUAAAGAGUGCUCAUGUGCUUCCCAAAGUUUACCAGGCUCUGAUGACAGAUGCAGAGUUCAAGCUCAUUGAUUUUUAUCCUACUGAUUUUGAUAUCGAUCUGGAUGGAAAACGUUUUCAGUGGCAGGGAAUCGCCAAGCUCCCAUUUGUAGAGGAAGAACGCCUUCUAUCCGAAACCAAAGAAUUAGAGAGUGGUCUACUGGAGGAUGAAGCAUUGAGGAACAGAAACAAUGUUGAUCAGUUAUAUGUGAGUAGCACACACAAGUUGGCAUCGCAAAUUUUGUCACUUUCCCCAAAUGAAAACGAAGUGGUUGAGAUUGAUACCAGUAUGAGUGAUGGUAUUUCCGGUUUUAUUCAUCUUCCUAAUGAGGAUACUGAAAUAGUUCACAGGGAAGUCCAUAACAGCAUUGAAGAGAACUGUGUCUUAUGUGUGUCUUUUGAGAUGCGUGAUGUUGUGCAUAUUCCUGGCUUACUUGAUGGUGUUAUCCUUCCAAUUAAGAGUAUUGCCGAAGAAGAUAUUAUGGAAACAAAACUAUGGCAUGAAAACUAUGGUAACAAACCCUACAGCAGAUUGCAGAACGAAAGAUGGAGAAAAGCAUAUAGUAGCUCGAAUUCUGCUUCAAGCAUCUCCCCUAAGAUGAUACAUGAAGGCUAUCAGAGUAGAUUUACUACAGAUUCAUCUUCUGAGGUGAUAUAUAAAGGUGCUGGUGUUGGAUGGGGUGGUGGUAGAGGAAAAGUGAAUGAUACUUCCAAUAUAAACAAACAUAUUGAGAGUAGAGAAAGAGUCACAUUACCUAGAAAUGGUGAAACAUCUGGCACAAACAAUGUGCGGCAGCAGAGAAUAAAUUUCAGGGAUCCUAGCCAACAAGGGAGGGGACAGCACGGUGCAACAGUUUCUCCGACUUCCUCUUUGAAACACAGUUCUGCUACCAGCUCUGUGCAGGGCCGUGGCAGAAGCCGACAUUCUUCUGUCGAGGAAAGUGCCAGCCACUGAAUGUACAUUUUUCUGACAUUCUUCCAACGUUGCGUGUGCUAAUCAAGUGCUUUGUAACAUAUACCUUUUCUGAUUUCAAGUUUCUUUGACUGAGACUCAUGUGCUAUGACAUGUCUAAGUUGCUGCAUUUGUAAGUGAUCUCAUUUCCGGAAAGGCCGUUCAUGCAUGUAAAAUGAUUGAUGAUGUGAUCGUCAGAUGCUUAUUUCUUUUUGGCUGAAAGUUCUUAGCGGCUAGCACCAAAAUAUUUGCUAUUUU